AGAUUCUACCUAUAAAUAUGGCUGAAUUAUUGAAACCAACAAAGACAAACCCUAGAGGGAUUCCUGAAGCUCCCUUUAUAGAUAAGGUUGAGAACUUUAUCAAGAACCCAGAAUCUGACUUUGAUAAGGUAAUGCAAGCAUUUCAAGAUAGAUUACAACAGUACAAGUACAUGGAGUUAUCCAAAAGACAACAACUUGGAAACUUGAAAGUGAAGAUUCCAGAUAUUGAGAAGAAUUUGGAAAUAAUAAGUCACAUUCAAGAAAGAAAAGAGAAUGACGUUGAAGACGAUGAAGAGAAUGUCAUUGAAACCAACUACGAAAUUAAUGACACUUUGUACACCAAGGCAACUAUCGAUGUAGAGAACUUGAACUCGGUAUAUUUAUGGCUUGGUGCAGAGGUUAUGUUGGAAUAUCCUAUUGAUGAAGCAAUUUCAUUACUUGAAGAAAGAUUACAAAAUAACAAAGAGCUGUUGGCAAUUGUAAAGGAGGACUUGGAAUUCUUGAAAGAAAACAUUACAACUAUGGAAGUUAACACUGCUAGAUUGUACAAUUGGGAUGUGGAACGUAGAAAGAACAUGAGAAUUACUGAGGAGCGCACAAAGAAUUUAAAAAUCUAG